CCUCAUUACCUCAGGAUAUGCGUUGCUUCAAGAGAAGUAGCAAAAUCAAAUAUGGCUUCUAAACCCGGAAUACUCACUGAUUGGCCAUGGACGCCUCUUGGCAACUUCAAGUACGUGAUCUUGGCACCAUGGGCGAUUCAUGCCAUGUACUCGUUCCUAGUGAAAGAUGAAAAGGAGAGAGACGUUGCUCACUUUCUAAUAUUCCCAUUUCUGUUAUGGAGGAUGCUCCACAACCAGCUUUGGAUUUCACUUUCUCGCCAUCGAACAGCCAAAGGCAACAACAGGAUUGUUGACAAGGGCAUUGAAUUUGAGCAAGUUGACAGAGAAAGACACUGGGAUGACCAGAUUAUUUUCAAUGGGAUCAUAUUCUACGUAGCUUAUUUCACACUUCCAGGGGCUUCUCACAUGCCGUUUUGGAGAGCAGAUGGUGUGGUUGUUACAAUUCUGCUUCAUACGGGCCCUGUGGAGUUUCUGUAUUACUGGUUUCACAGGGCUCUGCACCAUCAUUAUCUCUACUCACGUUACCAUUCUCACCACCAUUCCUCUAUCGUCACUGAGCCCAUCACCUCUGUCAUUCAUCCAUUUGCGGAGCAUAUAGGAUAUUUUCUGCUGUUUUCAAUACCAUUGCUGACCGUGAUUUUCACCGGAACAAGAUCGAUUGUAUCUUUUGUCGGCUACAUUUCUUAUAUUGAUUUCAUGAACAACAUGGGCCAUUGCAACUUCGAGCUUGUGCCCAAGUGGCUCUUUUCGGUGUUUCCCUUCCUCAAGUAUCUUAUGUAUACCCCCUCGUUUCACUCUCUGCAUCACACCCAAUUUCGGACCAAUUACUCACUCUUCAUGCCAUUCUACGACUACAUGUAUGGUACUAUGGACAAAUCUUCAGAUGUAUUAUAUGAAAAAUCACUUACAAGGCCUGAAGAAUCGCCUGAUGUAGUGCAUCUCACCCAUCUCACAACGCCAGACUCCAUUUAUCAUAUGAGGCUAGGUUUUGCCUCUGUGGCCUCCAAGCCAUACAUCUCCAAAUGGUACUUGAGACUAAUGUGGCCUCUAACAUCUUCGUAUAUGAUGUUGAUUUGGAUUUGUUCUCGUACAUUUGUUCUUGAAAGGAACCAUUUCAACAAACUCAAGUUACAAACAUGGGCCAUUCCAAAAUAUAGGAUUCAAUACUUCUUGAAAUGGCAAAAUGAACCCAUCAAUAGCUUGAUUGAAGAAGCCAUACUAGAUGCAGAGCAAAGAGGCGUUAAAGUGUUGAGUUUAGGUCUUCUCAACCAAGGUGAAGAGCUUAAUAUAUAUGGUGAGCUUUAUAUCCAUAGAAAUCCUAAGCUCAAAAUCAAGGUGGUGGAUGGGAGCAGCUUAGCAGUAGCCGUUGUUUUGAACAGCAUUCCAAAAGGAACCACUCAAGUACUCUUCCGAGGCAAGCUCUCCAAGGUUGCUUAUUUCACAGCCCUUGCUUUGUGCCAAAAGGGCAUCCAGGUGGCUACUUUCCAUGAGGAAGAGUACGCGAAGAUCAAUAUGAAGCUGAACACCAAAUUGGGAGGCAAAUUGGCUCUUUCAAAAAAUUAUGCCCAUAAGAUAUGGUUGGUUGGAGAUGGCUUGACCAAAGAAGAACAGUUGAAGGCACCAAAAGGAACUCUAUUUAUUCCCUUUUCUCAAUUCCCUCCAAAGAGAAUGCGCAAAGAUUGCUUCUACCACACCACACCAGCAAUGAUGUCUCCCACUUCUUUUGAGAACAUGGAUUCUUGUGAGAAUUGGCUGCCAAGAAGAGCAAUGAGUGCAUGGCGUGUGGCUGGAAUAUUGCAUGCAUUAGAAGGAUGGAAUGUGCACGAGUGCGGUCACACCAUAUUCGAUAUUGAGAAGAUUUGGGAAGCCAGUCUUCAACAUGGAUUUCGUCCUUUAAUGAUUCCCUCUUAAUGAUUAAGACAACUUUAUUUAUUAUUUCUAUUUGGUGCUAGUAUCUGGAAUGCUUUAUAUUACGGUUCAUGUCAUAUGAACUCCAUCUAUCCUUAAGUAUGCAUGAUAUGAUAUUAUAUUACGGUUCAAAGUUGUUAAUUUA